UGCCUGUUUCUUAAGAAUCUCGGAGCCAACAUGGCGGCCGGACCUAGCCAGUUUCCCACACCGUUUUAUAUGAAAACAAGUGAAAAAGUAGGAGGGUAGCAGCAACAACAUCAGCAGCGUCACAUGAUUCAUAAAGCCAGGCUGCCCUGUUCCAAUAUGGUGGUCAGCUUGGCGGAGCUGCGUCUCCCGUUGAUCAUAUCUUUCCUGUGCGGGUUCGGAGCCUGCAGCCUUCAAGAAGUGCAGGUUUUCGGGCUGCGCCUGGAGGACCCCAGCGAGCUGGUGUACCGGCACGAAGGGGUCAUCGUAGCUCCAAACGGGACCAAUUUCACGCUCAGGUUGUUUGGGUCCUACCUGUCCAAUGAGACCUGGCCGUGGGUCGCGUUCGCCGCGCCUGGAGACUGUUUGGCUGACCCGUGCGCGAUGGAGAAGUGUCGCAGGUCCGCUUCGUUCCAGGUGCGCGGCUUGGUUGAGGAACGUGAGGAAAACAGCAGGCUUAUAGAAGUCCAUGCCGAGGUUGCAACAUCCGAGACGCAGAAUAAAGAUGCAGAGCCUGUUUUCCAUCACAUCUGCGUCUUAAAGGGCCAGACGUGGGGGUCAUUCGGGUCGGACAAGUUUCUCAUUAAGGACCCGGGUGUACCAUCUGAUUUCAUUCCGUUAUGGGGUUUGGUUUUGGUGCUUGUACUUCUGGUUUUGAUUUGCUGUGUGGUCAGAUGCUUGAAUCUGAGUUUGCUGUGGCUGGACCCACUGGAGCUGUAUGUUCUGCACAGCUGUGGUUCAGAGGAUGAGAAGCGGGCGGCCAAGCGCCUCAAGCCCAUCCGGAGGAGAGGAAACGUUUUGGUGUGCUCUCUCCUGUUCAUUUGUGCAUUGGGUCACUCUGUGCUCGGUGUUCUGUUGUACCGCCUCUAUGGGUCCAUCCUCCCCGCUGUGUUCACUAGCGGCUUCCUCAUAUUCCUCCUGGCUGAGUUGGUUCCUCAUAUUGUAUGUUCGGGCUAUGGGUUCCAGGUGGCACCGGGUUUGAUAUGGCUGGCCCAGAUCUGUCUCAUUCUGACGUGUCCACUUUCCUGUCCUCUCGGACUCCUGCUGGACUUGAUCCUCCACCGGGACGUGAGCACCUGCGGCAUCCGCGAGAAAACCAUGGAAAUGAUUCGGACUAGUGUGAACGAUCCGUAUAAUGAGUUUGUCAAGGUGGAGUUCAGUAAGGGCGCUCUCAGGACCAAAACCGUGGAGGAUAUCUUGACCCCUCUGAAAGAUUGCUUCAUGCUGCCUUCCACGGCCGUUCUGGACUUCAGCACCAUGUCUGAGAUCAUGCAGAGCGGAUACACUCGCGUCCCUGUGUACGAAGAGGAGAGGUCCAAUAUCAUCGAGAUCCUGUACGUGAAAGACUUGGCGUUGGUUGAUCCAGAGGACCGCACUCCCAUGACCACCAUCACAAAGUUCUACAACCAUCCUCUGCAUUAUGUUUUUAAUGACACCAAGCUGGAUGCAAUGCUGGAAGAAUUCAAAAAAGGAAACUCACACCUGGCCAUCGUUCAGAAGGUGAAUAAUGAGGGCGAAGGAGAUCCGUUCUACGAGGUUCUGGGGCUGGUCACGCUGGAGGACGUUAUUGAGGAGAUCAUCAAAUCUGAGAUCCUGGACGAGUCUGAUGGUUACAUGGACAUGAAGGUGAAGCGUCCGAUGGCCCCGCUGGAGAUUCCCCUGGAGCCGCGCAGCGUUCAUGACGAGUUCUCCAUCUUUAAACCUCCAGAGGGCGAACCGAAGAUCCGCACCUCUCCUCAGCUGUUGCUGGCCACCCACCGCUUCCUAUCCCGAGAGGUGGAACAUUUCAGCCCGCAGCGCGUGUCAGAGAGAGUCUUAUUUCAUCUGCUGCGGCACCCCAGCGUCAACCAAGAAGUGAAGUUUGACCCCGGGAACCGGCUCAGUCCUGAUCACUACCUGUACACGCGGAACCACCCUGUGGAUUACUUCAUUCUGCUUCUGCAGGGCCGUGUGGAGGUGGAGAUCGGGAAAGAGGGAUUAAAGUUUGAAAACGGCGCGUUCACUUACUACGGCGUCUCAGCGCUCACAGCUCCCUCCUCAGUCCACCAGUCUCCGGUGUCCACACAGCAUCAGUCCCCCAGAGACCCCUUUGAGCUGGGAGAAGCCACCAGCCCGUCCAGCUACUGUCCCGACUACACAGUCCGAGCCCUCACAGACCUGCAGUUCAUCAAGGUGACCCGUCUGCAGUACCUCAAUGCCUUGAUGGCAUCCCGGGUCGCCCAGAGCCCCGACCCCCCUGAAAUUAAGAUCCUGCCCAACAGUCAAACCAAACUCCUGAACGAGAAAAACUCUACUCAAGACUUUCAGCUCCACUAUUCAUUCUUUGACGCUAUUGACAACUACUGUUAGUGUACUUUGCAUGAGGUGUGAGCAAGAGCCAGGAAUCUAGUACAGACGAGGAUCUUCACAGCCAGAGAGGAGCGUUUUGACCUUCUAUCUAACCUUCCUCGAGAACUCGCAAGGAUUUUAUUAUGACAACUAAUUUGUUUGUUGCCGUCUCAUACGAAUCUUUUACUCCUGGAAUGCAGCGAGGGAGCCAGAUGGAGGACUGUUGAGGAAAACAAAACGCUGUGCAAGACGUGUCAUUCUGGUCAGAGGCGAUGUUCUCGCUCUUCUGCUUAUUCAGCCGUUGCCUCUGAUGUCACUUCCUCUAUUCGCUAUGUUUGAGUUCACUUAUUUUCUUAAGGUGUAUAUGUGUGCAUAUGUACUACUAAAUUAAAUGGUGUUGUGCCAAGAUCUUA